AAAGACGUCUUGAUCUGCUGCUCUCAAGUGAGAAGACAGAAUGCUUUACGUAAUCGGUUUAGGAUUGUCAGAUGAGAAGGACAUCACAGUCAAUGGAUUAGAAGCUGUUAGAAAAUCUGAGAGGAUUUACUUGGAAGCCUACACUUCUAUUUUGUUAGUCGAUGUACCCAAGUUGGAAGAAUUUUACGGUAAAUCCGUCACAGUUGCUGAUAGAGACAUGGUCGAGACAGAGUCUGAUGCAAUUCUCGACCGUGCUAGCGAAAUUGAUGUUUCUUUCUUGGUAGUUGGUGAUCCAUACGGAGCUACCACCCACACAGACCUUAUAUUACGUGCUAGGAAUGCAGGCGUUCCUGUAAAAGUAAUACACAACGCUAGCAUUAUGAACGCUGCAGGUGCGUCUGGAUUACAGCUCUACAACUUUGGACAGACUGUUAGUAUACCAUUCUUUACAGAGACAUGGAAGCCAGCUAGUUUCGUUCCAAGGAUAGCAGACAACAUGAGAACAGGCAGCCAUACGCUCCUGUUACUCGAUAUUAAAGUGAAGGAGCAAUCAAUUGAGAAUCUAGCGCGCGGAAAGAAAAUAUUUGAACCACCAAGAUACAUGUCAGUGAGCACAGCUGUUAAUCAGCUUCUCACGCUCCUUGAAGAGGGUGCAGAAGGCUACACAGAAGAGGCAUACACUAAGGACACCUUAGCAAUCAGCUUGUCGAGGGUUGGGUCAGACCAGCAAGUCAUAAAAGCUGGUACCCUGGCAGAGUUGGCAGAGGUCGAUGAAGAAGAAUUCGGACCACCCUUGCACUCAAUGAUUUUGGUCGGGAGCAGGCUACACGAUUUGGAAGCGGAGUUCAUUGAAGCCUUCUCUGUCUCGACGAAAGAGAAAUCUCAAUAAGUUUGUUGUCUGUCUCUCCUCUGGUUAGAAUGAAUGAGUAGAAAUAUCGUGUACUAGAAUGAAUAAUAUUAUAUUGGAG